AUGAUUUUCCGGUCGAUAUUUUUAUUUUUCCUCAUAUCCAAACCGCGUUUUGUCCGAUCAGAGCAGAACUGUCUGGCUGUAAGUGUUCUCAGAAAUCUUCUCACUGCAAGAAAUUUUUUUUUUUUACUGUAACUUUUCAGGUUUGUGUCGCAUUCGCCGAGAUUCCGGCCGAACUUUUGAAGGACAUUUUUACAGUGCCGAAGAACGUGCCGACUAUUUGCUAUUACGAAAUUUUGGGGAUCAUCACCUCGCCCAGUGUAGGUGUUAUCGAAAGCAAAGGAUUACUGUACUUUUUGUAGGAUGAAUUCUUCGAUAAGGACACACUUUUUUUCGUGGCUUGGCAUCCGUUUUUGGUCGAAAAUGAAUACCAACGCCGGAUUUCGUUCUUUUCUUAUUCAAGAACGAAAGAAGAGUAUACAUUGGAGGCAAGAUACCUGAUGUUCGGCCUCGAGACACUUCCGAAGGAUUACGGUAAUUUUUUUUUUUUUUUUUUUUAAGGUUUUUCUUUUGAAUGCCCUAAAAAUACACCAAACCAUUAAAAAAUGAUAUAGCAGCCACCGUAGGCAAUAUCCUAGCGCCCAUUAUAUUAAUUUUUGUCAUCAAAGUAUCAGAUGUCUAGUACAAUAUUGCCCAAAUGUCACGUCUUCGAUUUCGCUAUAAUUUUGCAUACACCUUCUACAUGGGAUGUAUAUUUAUGGGCAAGAAUUUUAGUUGUCAAUUCUCACCCGCAGCCGAGAUAUUAAGCAUUCUUUUUUGAGAGAACACGCAAAAUGAGGAGAGACGGUCAGACAAAAAAAGUGUUUUCGCUAGUUCUUUGCGGUUUUUUGUCGGAAAAACGUUUUCCUGGUAAAAAAAUCAGUAGACCUUGAUUUUUUUCAGUUUGAAAAUGAAAAAAAAAAUCUAUUUUUUUUGAAACUUGCAAAAAAUCUUGAAUCUUGUGAAUGCAAAAACUUUCAUUUUUUCGAUUUUUUUUCAGACUGGAAGACGUGUAACGUCCAUCGACAAGCGUUCUAUGUGAUCGCCAUUAAAAACACGACCUUGUACUAUAUGCAUUGCCCCUUAAAGACCAUGAUUUAUUUCAAGGCUUUGUAUUGCGACCCGUACACUGUAGACUUGACAAAGAACGGGCUUGUGCCAGAUUCCUGGAAUAUCACACAGAUCAACAGGACUGAUUUUAAUGCUUAUGUAAGUAAAAAUUAUAAGUUAAGUUUUUUAUAGGGUAACCUCUUUCUUUGUUCUUUUAUUUUUCUUUUUGCACACAUGUCGUACAUAGACCACAUAUCAAAUUCUUAAAAUUUUAGCUUAUUCUUUGCAGGGGCAGCAAGAUAUUCAACGAUUUUUGCCGCCGAGAGAGUAG